ACAUAAACCUCCCGGUGGCACUUCGGCUAGUGUGACAUAAGAGAAUUUCGAGUAAAGUUAUUUGCUUAAUUGGGCCGAAUUUAGUAGUAAAUAUAUAAGUUUUAACAAAUAAGAGCCAUGAGUAUCAGCAACAAAAUGUUUGCCGUUAGUAGGAAGAUGUUAUCGGUGAACAGCAUGCAACAAAAUUCAAGAUUUUUCUCCGUUGCUUCGAGGCUACAGAGCUCUGCCAGCCAAUUAUUCACCCAGGAACAGCUUCGCCAGAAGGAAAUGGUUGGCCGCAUAGAGAAGAUAGAGAUUCGAUACAUUGGAACUCCCAAAGAUACCACCCUAGUGAUGAAUCGAGGACUGUCCACACCGCACGACUGUGCCAAGCACAUUGGCGAGAAGUACUGUCGAUUCUCCGCACUGGCCCUCCUGGACAACAAUACAGCAUGGGAUAUGCGAAGACCUUUGGAAGAACCUUGUACACUUCAACUCCUGAACUUUACUUCGGCGGAUCCGCAUUUAGUUAACAAAGCAUUUUGGAGAACUUGUUCGUUCCUUCUGGGAUCGGUGCUACACAAAAGCUUCAAGGAUGAAGCUGGUCUCUUCCUGCACAGUUUUCCGAAGCCAAAUGUUAAAACGGGCAGCUUCGUUCACGACAUCGCCCUAUCUAAAAACGGUUGGAAGCCAACGAGCCAAGAGCUGCGUGCUCUGUCGAUAGAGAUGAUCAAACUGUCCCAGCAAGAUCUUCCCAUUGAACGUCUAGACGUGACCAGCGAAGUAGCUCAGCAAAUGUUCAGUGAUAAUCCAUAUAAGCGUGAGCAGAUUCCAAGCAUAUCUAGUCAGAACAAUGGAUUGAUAACGGUCUAUCGAGUGGGAGAUCACGUGGACAUCAGUAAAGGAACCAUGGUCAGUUCAACUGGCUUGGUUGGAAAAUGUACAAUUGCUGCAAUACACGAAGUACCCAAGUCGAGUGCGGACAAACUUUCGCUCUAUCGAGUACAGGGUGUGGCACUACCUAUUGGAUUGAACUUGAAUCACUUUGCCUAUGGUAUUUUGGAGGAUCGCGCUAAAAAACUGAAUCCCGCAAAACUGCCAAAUGAACCAUAUGAAGAAGUCGCAGCUGAACAAGUAGCAUAGAAGGCAAUAUUGGGGAGCAAUACUAUCCUUGAAUAAAGAUCAAUUUUGUCAUUCACAAACU